CGGAAGAAAAAAAGAAAGCUUAAAUAGUUUAGCAAAUGAAUGUAAAGCCCAAAGCCAUAUGUGUCCAGCCGUCUCCACUCUCCAAAGCAUUUGUAAUAGGGGCAAGGGCGGAGAUUUCAACACCAAAAUGUUUGGCGCUCUGAAAUUGCAACUCUCUUUUCCCAAUUCCACCUCCUGCGCUUUCUCUCUCCACUCUGUCUCGCGUCGCUGCCUCUACGAUCUCCGCCUUCCAAUUCGACGCCACUCGUCGCUCGCUGUUAGUUCACACUGCGAUUCUCCACCACCACCAGAAUCUGAACCCUUAAUUUCUUCUGAAUACAUUGCGUCCCUUGGCUCUUCACCAUUUCCUCAUUCUACACUUCAGCUCUCCCAAUGGAAUUUCACCCAACGCCAUAUCCUCAUGCUCAAUGUCAUUGCUUGCUCGGUGGCAGUCUCAGCAACUUGGCUUUUUUUCUCUGCAAUUCCAACUCUUCUUGCUUUCAAGAGAGCAGCGGAAUCCCUUGAGAAGCUGAUGGAUGCCACUAGGGAAGGGCUUCCUGAUACAAUGGCUGCCAUUCGUUUAUCGGGCAUGGAGAUUAGUGACCUAACAACGGAGCUAAGUGAUCUAGGGUUUGUAUUUUUUCAUUUCAACCUUAGAUUCUUUCUUAGAUUAAGUGAUUUCUUUGUCAUUUAUAUCAUGCGUGUGCAUAGACAAGAGAUAACUCAAGGCUUUAGAAGCUCCACUCGAGCUGUUCGCUCAGCUGAGGAGAGGCUUCGCCGUUUGACGAACAUGGCGCCACCACCAGCUUCAUUGCAGAAGGUAGCUAGUCCCAAAAGUGAGACAGGAGGACCAGCCUUGGCUAGGACUGCAAGGGGCAUGAGGAAAGGCAUUGUAGAAGGUCGAGCAAUCUUGCUAAUAUUUUUCGCCCUCACUCACUUUUCCAAGAUGGCCUUUAACUAUUUCGCAAAACGAGCUAAGCGGUAGAGCCAAAGGCAUGAGCCAAAGGUGAGAAUCGCAAAUUUGCUUUCGCUACAUAUCUAUUACUGUAUCUAAAUUUUAACAUUCCAAUUGGCUUAACGUUGAAUUUUAUUGUUUUGGGGGGUGAGCCAAUGAGGCACCAUGGACCUGCAAGGUGAAGGAGAAAUUAAGAGAAUAGACUUCAUGGUUUCCUUUUAUGUUGUGUUUGCAUAUUGUUAACAUUAGCUUUGUCUUACAUGUGCCCAUAGAACUUGGUCAUUUUUCCUCAGGUCUAUUUGCUGUGUUCUCUUGUCUGUGAAAUAACAUUUCAGUUUAUGAGAGCUCUUUUGUUUUUACUCUUA